GAUGCGGGGUUGCUAGGAGAUAGCAGCGUCCGCCGUCCUUGCCCGGGCUGCCGGUGCAGGUGGAGAGCUGCGGGGAGAGCCGCUCAUCGCGUUGCUCCGUGUGCGGCUCGUGCACUCGCUCAGCCGCCCGGGAGCGCAGGAUGCUCCUGCUUCCGAGUUAGCCCUAGAGAAAUAAUCCUACACCCCCGGCCCCCCCCCCUCCCGCCGGCAGCGGAUCGGCGGGCAGCGGGUGGUGGCUGGGAAAGGGAAGCCUGCAAAAUCUGCCCCCCCUCCUCGCCUCCCUUCUCUUGACAGCCCCCGCCAGGCUGGUAAUUUAAGGCUCUGCACCCAGCUCCCCCCGAGCUGAAAGGAGGGGAAAGAAAGAGCCGAAGAAAGAUGCGGCUCCGCAGCAGGGAGCCCCCGGUUGGAGCCUGGCCGAGGCGAGCCCCCCGUGGGGCCGGUGCACGGGAAGAAGCGGGCUCAGGAGAAGGGAGGAGCCGGGAAGCGGGGGGUUAAUUGGGGCUUGAUGGAAAGUCUUGUUGGCUUGUUCGUCCCUUGCUUGUGGGACAGCACUUCACAUUUAGCAAUGGGUCAAGAGGACUAAGGGGCACGUCUACUUCUGCCCAUGCUUCUUAAAGCUGCCAAAACAGGACCAAUGAAGAUGUUCACCAGGCUGCAGGUGCUUGCCCUGGCUUUGCUCUCCAAGGGAGUUUUCCUUUCCCUAAGUGACCAUAACUUUUUAAGAAAAGAAAUUAAGAUAGAAGGAGACUUAGUCUUAGGUGGUUUAUUCCCAAUUAAUGAAAAAGGCACCGGGACAGAAGAAUGUGGGAGAAUCAAUGAAGACCGAGGCAUCCAGCGCUUGGAGGCUAUGUUGUUUGCCAUUGAUGAAAUCAACAGAGACAAUUACUUGCUCCCAGGAAUUAAGCUUGGAGUUCAUAUUUUGGACACAUGUUCGAGGGAUACAUAUGCUUUAGAACAGUCUCUGGAGUUUGUCAGAGCAUCUUUGACGAAAGUGGACGAAGCGGAGUAUAUGUGCCCCGAUGGAUCUUACGCCAUUCAAGAAAACAUUCCAUUACUCAUUGCAGGUGUCAUAGGUGGUUCUUAUAGCAGUGUCUCCAUACAGGUGGCAAAUUUGCUGAGGCUAUUCCAGAUCCCCCAGAUCAGCUAUGCUUCCACCAGCGCCAAGCUGAGUGACAAGUCCCGCUAUGAUUAUUUCGCAAGGACAGUCCCCCCCGACUUCUAUCAAGCAAAAGCAAUGGCAGAGAUCUUACGCUUCUUCAACUGGACCUACGUAUCAACGGUGGCCUCAGAAGGAGACUACGGAGAGACAGGGAUCGAAGCCUUUGAACAGGAGGCUCGCCUCCGGAACAUCUGCAUUGCCACCUCAGAGAAGGUUGGCAGGUCCAACAUCAGGAAGUCCUAUGACAGCGUAAUCAGAGAGCUGCUCCAGAAACCCAACGCAAGAGUGGUCGUGCUCUUCAUGAGAAGCGAUGACUCUCGGGAGCUCAUUGCUGCCGCUAACCGAUUCAACGUUUCCUUUACGUGGGUCGCCAGUGACGGGUGGGGAGCCCAGGAGAGCGUUGUCAAGGGCAACGAGCAUGUAGCUUAUGGAGCAAUAACCCUGGAACUUGCUUCCCACCCAGUUAAAGAGUUUGACUGGUACUUCCAAAGCCUCAAUCCUUAUAAUAAUCAUCGCAAUCCCUGGUUCAGGGACUUUUGGGAGCAAAAAUUCCAGUGCAGUCUCCAGAACAGAAAAUCGCACAGAAAAGCUUGUGACAAACACUUAAAUAUGAACAGUUCCAAUUACGAGCAGGAAUCCAAGAUCAUGUUUGUGGUGAAUGCUGUGUACGCGAUGGCCCACGCCUUGCACAAAAUGCAACGGACACUGUGCCCCAACACUACCAAACUGUGUGAUGCCAUGAAACUUCUGGAUGGCAAGAAGCUGUAUAAAGAUUACCUACUGAAAGUUAACUUCACAGCUCCAUUUAACCCUCCCAAUGCUGCGGACAGCAUGGUCAAAUUUGACACCUAUGGAGAUGGAUUAGGCCGAUACAACGUGUUCAAUUUCCAGUACACCGGAGGCAGAUAUUCCUACCUGAAGGUUGGUCACUGGGCAGAAAUCUUGUCACUGGAUGUAGACUCCAUUCACUGGUCCAGAAGCUCUGUCCCCACUUCCCAGUGUAGCGACCCCUGCGCUCCUAAUGAAAUGAAGAACAUGCAGCCAGGAGAUGUCUGCUGUUGGAUCUGCAUUGCCUGUGAGCCCUUUGAAUACUUGGCUGAUGAAUUUACCUGUGCAGACUGUGGGCCUGGGCAGUGGCCCACUGCUGACCUGACAGGCUGCUAUGACCUACCAGAAGACUAUGUCAAGUGGGAAGAUGCCUGGGCUAUAGGCCCCGUUACUAUUGCAUGUCUGGGUUUUAUUUGUACCUUCAUGGUCGUGGCAGUCUUUAUCAAGCACAACAACACUCCUCUGGUCAAAGCUUCCGGCCGUGAACUGUGUUACAUAUUACUCUUCGGGGUCUUCCUAUCUUACAGCAUGACAUUCUUCUUCAUAGCCAAGCCUUCUCCGGCCAUCUGCACCUUACGCCAUCUGGGGCUGGGAAGUUCCUUUUCAGUUUGCUAUGCUGCCCUCCUGACAAAGACAAACUGCAUAGCCAGAAUAUUUAACGGUGUGAAGAAUGGUGCUCAACGGCCUAAAUUCAUCAGCCCCAGCUCUCAGGUCUUUAUCUGCCUGAGCCUCAUCUUGGUACAGAUCGUGGUGGUGUCUGUGUGGCUCAUAGUGGAGUCCCCGGGCACCAGACGGUAUACUCUUCCUGAGAAAAGGGAGACUGUCAUAUUGAAAUGCAAUGUCAAAGAUUCCAGUAUGUUAAUCUCCUUAACAUACGAUGUAAUCCUUGUAGUGUUAUGCACUGUAUAUGCCUUCAAAACAAGGAAGUGCCCAGAGAACUUCAACGAAGCCAAGUUUAUCGGUUUCACAAUGUACACAACGUGCAUCAUUUGGCUGGCCUUCCUCCCCAUAUUUUAUGUGACAUCUAGUGACUACAGAGUGCAGACCACGACUAUGUGCAUCUCUGUCAGUCUGAGUGGCUUUGUUGUGCUGGGCUGUUUGUUCGCGCCGAAAGUGCACAUCAUCCUCUUCCAGCCACAGAAGAACGUGGUCACUCACAGACUCCAUCUCAACAGGUUCAGCAUCACUGGGACCGGAACCACUUACUCCCAGUCAUCUGCUAGUAUGUACGUUCCGACUGUCUGCAAUGGAAGGGAAGUCCUAGAUUCUACCACCUCAUCUCUGUGAUUGUGACCUGCAGUUCAGUUCUUGAGUUUUUAGACUGUUAGCCAAAAUUUGCACAUGUUGUGCACUCCAGAAAACAAAAACAAAACUAGAACCUUUUUUAGAAACAGUAUAAUAAAUUAUUUUUGAGGACUGUACAGUAUAUAGUGACGUUCUAGAACUUUUUAAGACGGGUUUUAGCGCCUCUGUUAUUAACAGUUCUAAGGGACAUGUAAAUAACCUUGGUUUACAGCACACAUAUUUCUGCAGUGUUGACUCAGAAGUGGGAGAGUGAUUUGCUGCGAGCACAGUUGCAAUGUUAGGUGACUUUCUUUCCUAUGAAAUUUUUUGUAGCUCCUUGUUGUAAUGAACUUAGACUGCAUUUCUAUGUUAUAUAUAACAGUUACAUUAUGCGUAACCGAUUGUUUUCUCAGCACAAAACAGCAGUAUUAAUGUAAAGAUGCCAAUAAUAAAACCGUAAACAUUUGUCACCAUGGUCGUCUUCCCUUCAUGGUAAUUAUGAUUCAAAGACAAUGGGCUAGAUCCUCAGUUGACAUGGACUUGCACUGUUCCACCUUCUGGCUUCAUGACUUUAAUUAAAGAGUAAAUACAGUUCACUGAAAAAUUUCAAAUAAGCUUGUUGUUGAAAAAUUACUUGUUUUUCAAAAGCAAAAAAAAUUGCAAAAAUUCUUGAUGUUUGUGAAAGUUUUCAUGAUGUUUUAAAUGAAACUUUUAAUCAAAUUAUAUUGAAACCGUUAUCAAAAUGGUUAUUGACAAUUUUAUUUGGUAGAUCAUUCAUUAGAUUGAUGUAUUGUUGUAAGGCACUCAAGAUACCUUGAUGCAGUAUAAAAAUCUAGACAGAUUAGAUUAAAAAAAAAAGAAAACAAAACUACAUAUAUACUGUGGCUGCUUUGUAUUGAUCUGGUGACAUGAAGGUGCUAUAAAGCCUGUUAAGUCUGCCAGUUAAACUGGGUUUACAGCUGCUUUGCAUCACUGGAGCAGUGCAAAGCAGCUGGAGCAUACCAGAGAAUGUGGCCUGUAAAAUAUAUUCACAAGAAGGAUAAUCCAGAAAAAAAUUGUGGCAUCUCUAUGGCAAUAUUUGCAUUCAAACUAUGUGUAUUCAAAAUAGAAAUCUACAGCUUUUGAAGCCAACGGCAAACUACCUUCAACAAAACAAAUAAUGUAACCUUUAGAACCUUGUUCCAAAGUCCCUCCCCUUCAAUUAAAACACUCACAUCUUACAUGCUACUAACUCCAAUAAAUCAUUCCGGAAAGUAAACAUAUUUUAGCUAAGGACUUGUUCCCACUGAAGUCAUUGGCAAAGUUUCCAUUGACUUCAGCAUAAGCACCAAUAAGGUUUGAAACACUGGAGUUAAAGACAAGUGUAAUUCAAGGUAUGCUGAAUGCGUAAACUCUCCAGAGCCGGAGUCUCAUUUACACACAUAGCUCCAGCAGUGUUCAGGUCCUUAAAAUAAACAAGAAUCAGGCCUCAGAUCUCCAUUCUCCUAUGGGACAUUGAUCAAGCCAUCUCUCCUUGUCUAUCAUGCCACAAUUUCUUAUGCUUCCCUUUAAAACACACUUCCUCUGACAGGUAGUAAGCCUUGCUUCAAAGAAUUUUUGGCUAUGCAGAUGUUUGAAAAUAUUUACUAGAAAACAAACCAGGAAAUUGUGGAAUGAAGGAGGCAUGUGCAAAACAUCCCCAUUCAAUCACACGUGGGGCUUUGCAUUGCUUCCCAGUUCCCUUCUUGUAUUUGGACAUUAUGCUUGAAACAUUCAAAUCUGUCUAAGGCAGCGGUUCUUAAACUUAUUUGAUCAGGCGCCCCCUUCUUUGUGUUUGUAGUCUUUUGUGGCUCCUCCACAAGUACAUAUACUGCCACCCAGCUCUGAAGGCAGAGUGGAGGCUGCGGCUGCUGGCUGGGUGCCCAGCUCUGAAGGCAGCACCGUGCCAGCAGGAGCACAGAAGUAAGGGAGGCAAUGUGAAAAGUGGUAUUUGUCAAUAUCACCUUUCACAGCAGACUUAGUGCCCCAUUGCCACCCUUACUUCUCUGCCGCUGCUGCCAAGCUGGGGGCUGACAGCCAAAACUCCGCCAAUUCCUGGCGAGGGAAUGGGGCAGGGAGGAGAGCCCUGGCUGCCUCUUGGUGAAGAAUUGGUUGGGGGGGGAAAAACCCGGAUGGCAGGGCUCCAGCUGUCCUUUUUAUCUCUGCCUCCUAGGUGUGCACGGCCCUUCUGCAUGAGCCCCAGCCACCUUAGGUUGACAGCCAGAGUUUUUUUUGACACAUUUCCUUGCCUUCCUUGGGAGGCCCACCGCAUAGUUUCAGAACUGCUGGUCUAAGGGAUUUGGACAUCCAUCAGAUUAAAAUGAAUGGGAACUGGGCAUCAUAAUCCUUUAGAUAGCAUUGAAAAUCUCCAUUUAUGGGUAAAUUCUUCUUCUGGGGCAGAUUCUGACUGAUACUAAGGCCCCUUUCACAUUGACAGCAUGUGUAGGAAUGAGUCUUAGCAUCAAUGAGAAUCAGACCCCUUUUCUUCAUAACGCUUUAAAUUGUCUAGCACAUUUGUUGGUGCAAUGUGCAUUUAAUAAUAAAUAAUAACUCAAAAAACCUGG